CUAGAAAUCUAGUGUUAAAAUGUAAUGCUUGCAGUUUGCUAAAAUAGCCAUUAUUUGCUACUUUUUAUUUAGGAUGUAUGGGUUGCCCUGCUGUUUGCUUUGAAAUGCUGGUAACAUUAUCGGGUUGAACAGGUUUUAAAUAUUAACGUUUAUGAUCCCCGACAAAAUAGUCAACUCAAACGCACCAACCAUCUCACAUGGUCAAAGCGUUGGUAUUUACGCACUGAGAUGAGACCGUGUAGGAGAAUCAAACGACGGAGCGUCACAUCAGUCCAUGAACGCAGCAUCCAUGCGCCCUUCUGAAGAGUGUGACUCCCAGAAAACAGAUGAGAUGGAAACAUUUGGAGCACAGCAACAGGUUGGAGUAGUUCAGGUUACUGCAAACUGAUUUGACUGCAACGUGGAUGCUCGAAGAGACUGGCCUCCAGUAUUAAACAGCAAACGAGUUUUUUUCUGAAGCGAAGCAUCACCACAGGGAUUAACACUGCUGGAAACUUGUAACUCUUCUCGGGCUCUUCAGGAUGUUUUCCACGGCUCUCUUCCUCGGCGUUUUUGCGCAUCUGGUUACUUUUACGCACGGGUGCCAGCUCCCCACUGAGUGGCGGCCGCUGAGUGAGGGCUGCCGGGCGGAGCUGGCAGAGAUCAUCGUGUACGCCCGGGUCCUGGCGAUCCACCGGGAGACCCUGGGCGGAGGGGCGGGCAGCCUGUACAAUUCGCUGCCCUUCGGGUUCGGGUAUGGGUACGAGGGCGCGGAGGAAGGGCUGCUAUACUCAGCGGAGGUGGAGUUGCUGUGCGACCAGGCCUGGGGCAGCAUGCUGGAGGUGCCCACUGGAUCAAGACUCAAUCUGACCGGACUGGGGUACCUGUCCUGCCAGUCCCACACCGUAAUGGAGAACUACUCCUACUUCUUCUUCCUCAGGAUGGAUGAAAACUACAACAUCCUGCCCCACGGCGUCAACUUCCAGGACGCCAUCUUCCCCGACACGUCCGAGAACAGGCGCACGUUCUCCAGCCUCUUCCAGUUCUCCAACUGCACCCAAGGCAGCCAGCCUUUCCACACCUUCAGCCCCGAGUGGGACACCCAAGAGGACAGCAGGCUGCUGUGUUCCUCAGUGCAGGCCGCGUUGUUCGAAGAGGAGGAGCGAGGCCGCAGGCUGCAGGAGCGCCUGGCAGCGGCAGAGAGGAGGAACCGGCAGCUGAAGGAGCGCGUUCGGAAGGUGAAGCGCUCCCUGAGGAAUGCCCGCAAGGCUGCACGCAAGGCCGAGCAGGAGGCGCAGGAGCUGCAAGAGAGGCUGAAGGCUGCAGAGCGGAUGGCUGGGCAUCACCUCAACACCAUAACACAGGAGGACCCUCCGCCUGGGCGUUAUGCGAGCAAGGCGAGACACCAGCGAAUGCAACUUUAACUAAUCUCACCUGCCCCACACUGUUACCCACCUGGACUGAAAACAGCCAUUGGAGAUCAAGAGACUGCUGGGCGGUCUCAAUGUAAUGGACAAAUAAAUAGCAACUGUCACAUCUGCAUAAACACACUUUUAAAGUAAUAAUCUACAUAGUUUUCUUGUAAAUAAACUCCUCUUUCUCUCUUUUGUAUCCCUCAUUGCUAAAACACAAGAGUAAUUAUCAGGACCGUUCCUGGUCAUCUGACAAAGAACAAAAAAUUUUCCUGAAAGAGAAUCAAAAAUGUAUUUUCUCGAUGAUUCCUCUUGCAGGCGGAGCCGUACUUUAGGUCUGCUGCAUUCUACAACUGGAUUCAGUUGCUGCUCAGUGCUCUUCUCAGGCUGUAAUCACACAGGAUGUGUUUUUGCUCCAACACAAAGCACAGCUAUGAGUGACAAUAAUAACAGUACCAGCAAGAGCUCAUUAUUAUACGAGUGAUGCAUUAUUGUUUGCCAUUCAACUGAGAUGCAUUAUGGGAAGCAUGGGAUCCAGUGUUUGAAUGUCAGGAUAUCUCGACCUCUGCUGCAUCGAUUCUGGCAAUUCUAAUAAAAAAAUCUGGCUCUGGCAGGAGGCCCAACAUCAUAGAAUAUUAAAUCUCUGUAAUACUGCAUGACUUUGAUUUUUUGGUCACUUGGGGGCAGCAAAAAACAAGCUGUAAACAUAACAUUGACAUAUCACCUUUUAAACCAAUAAGGCGAACUUAUUGGCGAAGGUUUCUUGUUUACACAUUCAGAAGACACACGUAACACUUUGUGUUUCAGGCAACGGGUGAAUGUUAGUGAGAAAACUUUCUCUCUCUUUAGCUGCUAAAUUCUCCACUAUGUUCAUUGGCUAGUUGCUAACUUUGCCUGUCUACUGUUUGUUACUGGGAGGCUGGGUUAUUAGAGCCUUUUCUCUUUUUUUACAGAAAAAAGCUGCCUGUUACAAAUAGAAUCAAAGUGAUUAGACUGAAUCAACCAUUAAAGUUGCGGGCUGGAAAAAACAAAACAAUGAGCUGAAAGAUGCUAAAAUACUCUGUAGAGCAGAGGGGGGCUGCAGAGGUAAUUCUCUGUGGGUGACCCUUUACACAAUACAUAUAGUAAUUUGAUCGAUUGUUAGUAUAAAAAUAUUGAUUAUAGCAGAUUUAAGAAAUUGAAAGGCUGGUGGAGGAAUUUUAGUUUUCUCAGCUUUUCGGGAAACACAUCGUAUGACAACAACUAAACAAUUGAGUACAACCAAAGAAAACACAUAGAGAAAUGCCUUUUAUGUAAUCACAGCCUAGUGAGGCACUACUAAGAGACAUUACAUUUAAUUUUAAUGAUGUUGUGAUGUAUUGACUUUUCUUCAACUGAAAUUGUGAGCAGAGAGUCGUGUAGAAUGAGAAUUCUAGGAUGUUUGAGAAGGUUCGUUUAUUUUUAAUUUAAGUUUUUUGAAGUCUGGAACAUCAGCUUGUAUGUGGAUAUUUUUGUAUGAUGGUUUUUCUGCUUAUAAAAUUUGAUUUGGAUGAACA